GGAGCUAACGGUUCUUCUUACUAUUAUCAUUAUUUUUGAUUAACUUUCACGCAGGACCAAAACAAUAAUCACUAACCGUAAUAAAUCUAUUAUCCUCAUGCAAAGCACCCUAAAUAACUCCAGAGACAUACAAUAAUCAAUGAUUUUGUUAAACAAGUAUAACAAAACAAUUUGUAGACACAAAACAUUCGCUGCCAAAUAGCUGUCAUUAAUCAAGCAAUUCGUUAUCGUAAAAGAAAAUGGAAAGAAAAUCUUUAUACGAUUACGUACUAGAGAAUUUAACGAGUGCUGGUAGAACCACAUUCAUUCAAAGAAUAAUUAUAAUUGGAGGCCAUAAUUUCGCAUGCACUAAAGACCAAUGGGGCAUUGAAGAAUCGUUUCGCACUUUGGUUGAGGAUGUUAACGACACAAAUCCUUUGGAAAAACUUACUGGCCUCUUAAUUUACUAUCCACAAUACUUCUGUCACUUGCUGGAAGGAUGCGAAGAUGCCAUCAACACAUAUCUUCGAACUUCCUUUCAAAAAUAUGGCAGUCAACUGGGAAGUAUAAAAUAUAUUGCAACUUCUCAUCAUGUAUACGCAAGAGCUUCGGAAACAUGGAGUGCCAUCACGGGGAAUCCCCGUGUACUUUCUCACAAGAUAGCCAAAACCAGCAAUAUAAAAGCAACGUUUGGUCACUGUCGAUUAUGCGCUCAAAGGAUUUUGAAAUUGUGCAACCUGAUGAAGACUGAACAAGAGCUGCUGGACGAAGAACCUUUGUCAGCAUUAACUUUUCCAAAUUAUGCUUCUACUGAUUCGUCGUUGCAUGUAACUACAACGAUUUCGUUAUUGUCUGGUGCUAGCGGAACUCUUUCUUCAAUACAUCAGAAACGUGAAAAGUGGAGAAUUCUCCUUCCAGAAUUCGGAUUGUUGAAAUUCCUUAUCAAAUCGCCUCAGAUACCGGACGUAAGGAUGACUUUGGAGUCGUAUUGGAAAACUAGAAGCGUUUUUAGCACAGUUCAAGACGAAACCUGGCCUAUAGGUGACGUGUUUCCCGAUCAUCUUCUUGAGAAACCCGUCAAUCUUGACUUAAAGUUACCGAAAGAACAAUUAACUGAUUAGAAUACUGCAAUUAAUUACGAAGUUUAAUUAUUUACCUAUUACUAUAGUUGUGUAUGUCGAAACGAUGUUUAUAACUACUUAAUAUAGCAUAUGCAUAUGUAUUAUAUACAUUUUACUAUACUUAUUGUAUUUUAAGACUACUAUCUACAUUAUAACAUACAUCUUAUAUAUAUAUGUACCUAAAAAUAGUAUUACAGAAAAAAAAAC